AUGACCUCUGUAAUCUUGGUGGACCCUCUCACCUUCGGGCCCGACCCGAAGACGAAGGACAACGCCCUUAUUCAGUCCAUGCACGUCAGCAACGCGAGGGCCGACAUGGAUCACUCGCAGGUCUGCUCGCUUGUCACCGAACUAGAGACUUUCUUCAAGGUUAACUGCGGCAUCAGCACCGUCGUCGUUCACCAAUCACGCGAGCCGAGGCCGUACCGGGGACCUCUGGAAGAGCGCGGCGAGAGCGUGUGUGUCGCGGACGGCCUUUCCAUCCACAAUGUCGUGGACGACAACGGCGUCAUUACGCGCCGCCUCAUUGUCUUUUACCCUAUGAAUCCGUAUCGCCAGGGUGAGCUGGCGCGCAAGCAGCUCGUCAACCACAUCACCAAGGCCGCUGAGGAGAGCGCGACGAUCGAGUUGAUUGAUCUUCGACCUUUUGAGGAGGAGGGCAAAUACCUGGAGGGGUCUGGUUCCCUCAUCUUUUCGCCUGGCGGCAGAUACGUGUACAUGGUGGUUUCUCCGCGUAGCCAUCCUGAGGUAUUGGAGGCACUGUGCCGGCCAGAGAACCUGAACAUUGCCCCUCAAAACUGCUUUCUUCUGCGCUGCAAGAGCAUGAUACCGCACACGAACUUGCUGGGGUGGUGCGGCACGGGUAUCUGCGCCUGGGCCAUCAGUAGCCUUCUAUUCAACGAGGAGGAGGAGGUAGCCUUCUACGAGCACCUCUCCGCCACCUACUCCUGCAUCCUCGAGCUGAGUGAGGGAGAGAUGGAGAAGUUUGCGGGGAGUGCGCUGGAGGUGCCGGUGCAGCCACGAAGUGCGAGCGCCGGCAACGCGCACUACGUCCUCGUAAUCUCAGAAACGGCCCUGGCAGCACUCGGUUCCAAGAGUCGUGAGUUACUCAUGAACUGGUACGGCAAGGAGAAUGUGCACACCUUCUACGGCGAAGUCCUCGAGCGCCGCUGCGGUACCUCGCUGCCUUCCUGCAUUGCCGCCUCCUACACGCUGGGGUCCCGGCCGCCUGUGCCAUCACAACCGUCCACGAUUGAGGUGCUGCGGCUCGGUACUGAUAAAUGA